AGCGCUCGCGGGCGAGGACAGCGUGCUUACGUCAUUUGCGGCACGUGAGGCGCACGAAGGCUGCACUGACGCGUCGCGCGAGUACGCAAGUGCGCCUGCAAGGCUUUCUCUCUCGUUGCUCGCAGAAUAUGGUCCGCCCACAGUCCUCCGCCGCCGGCGUGCUCGCCCUCCUCUCGGAGCCCGAGCCCCUGCUCAAGCAGCAUGCGCUGAAGCGGCUGAAUGACAUCGUUCCCCAGUUCUGGGCGGAGAUCUCGGAGUACAUCGCUCUUAUUGAGUCGCUCUCGGAGAGCGACGAAAUCUCGCGGGAAGCACGGGAUCUGGCUGCGCUGUUGGCGAGCAAGGUCUACUACUACCUCGGGGAGUAUGACGAAGCUCUCUCGUUCGCGCUUGCGGCGGGGGGCGCGUUCGAGGCUACCGCGGCCACUCCUGGUGCAGGCGAAUACGUGGAGACUGUAAUAUCCAAGGCCAUUGACCGCUACAUCAGUCAACGAUUGGCAGAGCAAGCGGGAGAGGGCAAGGUUGACCCCAAGCUUCAAAGCAUCAUUGAGGGCAUCUUCACGCGCUGUAUCUCGGACGGCGAAUUGAAGCAGGCAAUAGGCAUUGCGCUUGAGUCGCGACGUCUAGACGUGAUCAAGCACAUCUACAAUACAACCCACGAUGUCAACCUCCUCUCCUACACGAUGGAGGCCGUGCUUGACACGGCAUUCCCCCUCGCAUACCGCGAUCAGGUCCUACGAUUCAUUCUCCCAUUAUUCCCCUCUCUCUCAAGCGAGAACAAGUCUCCUCAUGUCUAUUCUGUCACUCGACUGCUCGUCACUCUGAGCUCUGCCGAGCUCACCGUCCCUCUUAUCAACUCGCUGGUGCCCAAGGACAGUUUGCUCGCGUACCAGAUGGCGUUUGACUUGGUAGAGGGUGGCGCGCAAGACUACCUGGAGAGUGUGCGCAAGGAGUUGCCGGAAGGCGAGGGAGACUCGAAAGCAAUAUAUGACAAGCUACGCCGGAUUCUGCUUGGCCAGGAGUCCAUCAAGCUUUACCUUGAGUUCCUCAAGCGCAACAACAAGACUGAUAUGCUCAUUCUCAAGAACACGAAGGAUUCCUUGGAAGCACGAUCGUCCGUAUACCACGUCGCCCUGACUCUUCAGAACGCAUUCAUGCACUCGGGGACAACAUCAGAUGCCUUCCUGCGGGAGAACCUCGAAUGGCUUGGUCUGGCCACGAACUGGGCCAAGUUUUCCGCGACCGCUGCCCUCGGUGUGAUCCACAAGGGUCACUUCGAGGAGAGCAUGAACAUCCUCGGUCCCUAUCUUCCUCAGCAGGGUGGCAACGACAGUGGCAUCCCCGGUGCACAGUACUCGGAAGGUGGCGCACUCUACGCUCUCGGCCUCGUCAACGCCGGCGUCGGUAGCGGCCGCCAGGUGGAGGAGUACCUCCGGAACAUGCUCCGGGAGUCUCAGAACGACGUCGUGCAGCAUGGCGCGGCGCUCGGCCUCGGUGUCGCGGGCAUGGGUGGCAAGAACGCGGAGACGUACGAGGAGCUCAAGCAGGCGUUGUUCCGCGAGGACUCGGCUGUUGCGGGUGAGGCGGCUGGGUAUGCUAUGGGUCUGAUCAUGCUCGGUACGGCGGAUGCUACGGCGUCGGAGGAGAUGCUGCAGUACGCGAGGGAGACGGAGCAUGAGAAGAUCAUCCGGGGUAUUGCUAUCGGUAUUGCUUUUAUCUACUACGGCAAGCAGGAGGAGGCCGACAGCAUCGUGAAGGUCCUCUUGGCUGAGAAGGGUGGUGACUGGCGAACGGCCAUCCUCCGGUACGGCGGUGUCUUUACACUUGCUCUUGCGUACGCGGGGACAUCGAACAACAAUGCAAUGCGGCAACUCUUGCACAUCGCUGUGUCCGACACCUCGGAUGAUGUGCGGAGAGCUGCCGUCGUCUCAUUAGCGUUCGUGCUGUUCAAGAACCCCGCACAGGUGCCUCGUAUCGUGCAACUGCUGAGUGAGAGUUAUAAUCCUCACGUGCGGUGCGGUGCGACCCUUGCGCUGGGUAUUGCUUGCGCGGGCACUGGCCUCCAAGAUGCUGUAGACAUUUUGGAGCCCAUGACCAAGGACAGCGUCGACUUCGUACGCCAAGGCGCCCUCAUCGCACUCGGCAUGGUCUUGGUCGAGCAGUCGGAGGCGUCAACCCCGUCGCUCGCUUCGACGCGCGCUCUGUACGCGAAGAUCGUUGCCGACAAGCACGAGGACCCCAUGGCUCGGUUCGGCGCUGCUCUGGGACAAGGCUUAAUCGACGCGGGUGGUCGCAACGUCACCAUCAGCUUGCAGAGCCGUGCCGGUAGCCGCAACACGAACGCCAUCGUCGGUAUGGUGCUAUUUUGCCAGUUCUGGUACUGGUACCCUCUUGCGCACUGUGCAUGCCUUGCGUUCGACCCAACGGCCAUCAUUGGGUUGGAUGGCACUCUCCAGGCACCGAAGUUCGAAUUCAUCUCCAAUGCUCGCCCGACUCUGUUCGCUUACCCCGCACCCACAAAACCGCCAAAGAAGGAGGCUGUCGCUAAGGUUGCGACUGCUGUUCUUUCCACGACUGCCCGUGCGAAGGCGAGGGAAAAGAAGAAAGCUGCCGAAGGCGAGACCGGGGUAGUGGAUGAGAAGCCGGAGGCAAAGAAAGACGGUGACGUCGAGAUGAAGGACAGCGAGGCAUCCACAUCUACACCCAAGCGCAAGGAGUCAACUUUCGAGAAGCUGCCCAACUUCUCUCGUGUUGUACCUGCCCAGGUACCUUACAUCAGCUUCCCGCAAGAUAGCAGGUAUCAGCCAGUCAGGGUGGUGUCGACACGAAGUAGCCCUUCGGCGAAGGGUAACAAGGCGCCGAAAUCGUCCCUUGUACCAGGCCUCACAUCGGAACGAUACGCGGGUGGUGGUGGCAUCCUGAUCCUUGCAGACCAGCGUCCUGACGAGGAGCCCGACUACAUCGAGUUCGAGACGCAGGCCAUUAUCGCUGCGAACCAGGCUGUCGCCGCUGCCGAUGAUCGUGCAGCACAUGUCUCAGAGGGCCGCCACAUCGCACUCGACGAAAAUGCUCCUGAAGUGACAUCCCCACCAGAAUCGUUCGAGUCAGUUGCUCUCACGAGUGCAGACUGGUCUCCUCUUGCAGGCAAGGUCCAAAUCGACGUGUACCAUGACACGCUUGCCGACGAAGAUGCCCUUGUCCGCCGGCUGGAGCCCUAUGCCAUCAUAUGCGCUAUGAGAGAGCGCACGAAGUUCACGGCGUCUCUACUCGACAGGUUGCCGAAUCUCAGGCUCAUAGCCACUACGGGGCCGCGUAAUGCUGGCAUAGAUGUUGCUCAUGCCAAAACAAGAGGAGUUGUCGUCUCUGGGACAUCGGGCAGAGGCAAUUCUACCUUGGAGCAUAUAUGGGCUCUGAUCUUGGCCACGGCCAGAUAUGUGGCCAUCGAAGACGCGAAUACGAAGCAAGGCAAGCCUCAGUGGCAGUCGUUUGUGCCCAUGGGGCUCAAGGGCAAGACCCUUGGUCUGGUGGGACUGGGCAACCUUGGGGCCCGUACUGCAAAUAUCGCCAAGGCAUUCGAGAUGAAUGUCAUCGCCUGGUCACCGCACCUCACUCCUGAGCGAGCCGCCGCGGGAGGGGCUACGUACAUACCGACCAAAGAAGAGCUGUUCAGACGCAGCGAUGUUGUGUCGGUUCAUAUGGUCCUCUCAGAGCGCACCCGUCGUCUCGUCACGGGCGCGGACUUGGCCCUGAUGAAGCCUACCGCGUUCUUCAUCAACACGUCUCGGGGACCGAUCGUGGACGAGGGUGCUUUGGUUGAGGUCUUGCGGCAGAGGGGGAUUGCUGGUGCCGGGUUAGACGUGUUCAACGUCGAGCCUCUGCCUCUGGACCACCCACUCCGCAGGCUGGACAAUGUAACCCUCACUCCCCACACAGGGUACGUGAGCGACGAUAAUUACGCGGCAUUCUGGUCUGACACGGUGGACAAUAUUACCAGCUUCCUGGAUGGCAAGCCCAAACGGGUGUUAGAGCAGUGAAAUCAGAGAGUCCAGUGUAUUUCUCCUUUCCACGGGGCGCCCACAACAAUAUAUGUUCAUACACCGUACCAUUGUACAUGGGCAUUGCACUCAGAAGUAAAUAUAAACGCGCUCGUAGAUACUU